AUGCAAGAAAACGAUAACAAGGCUCCAAAGGUUGCUGCGGCAACUGCAAAGAAGCCCACCAAUCCAGCCAAUAAUCCAUUCUUUGUAUCUUAUAUUAAGGCGAGAGCAAAGGUUUACCCAGCAGACAAGAAAGCAAUGCCAGCCUCUAGAGUGGUCAAGAUGGAUGCCAAUGAUGAUACAGAGGAUGACGAUGUCAAGGACAUGACCAACGCAGAGAUCGCCGCCACUCUCGCCAACUUCACCGUGUUCCAUGUUGAAACACCUCCACAUAACGGUCCACAUAACGAUCCACAAACGGCCACAAGGCGUGUGGGUGGACAUGGAGGACAAGGGGGUGCAGGCAAUGACCCAGAUAACAAGCCCGACGGCAAUGGUCAUCCAGGUGGUAAGCCAGGUGGUGGUGGUCGUCCUGGUGGAGAUAAGCCAGGCGGUGGUGGAAAGCCAGAUGGAGGAGAUGAUCAUGGAAAGGGUGGCAAAUCACAUCCAGGAGAACACGUCAACAUUGUCAAGGCCAAUGCCGAGAAGUACUUCUUGGAGAAUGUGCUCUACUUCACCGAAGACAAUGUGCUGGAGCUGUUCGAGCAGACCAAGCCAACACUCAGCGCCAAGAGACUGGCCAUCGUCAACGACGCCAACGAGCAGAAGUGGUACAAGGACUACUCUAACCUGCUGUUCACCAUGAAGGUGGCCAACGGUGAUGACGAUCCCUCAAGGAGGAUUUUGAAGGACAAGGUCGAAGCCGAUCUCCAGGCCAUGUGCGACAGCCAGAUCUACGCCCACCAGACCAUGCUUCUGCAAACCUUUGCCUUCAUCGAGAAGUAUCCCAAGAUGGAGGACUUCCUCGAGCAACCCGCCAGAUGCGCCAACAUCUAUGUCAACUACUGGAGCGAUGAGACUAACCUAGCCGCCUUCUGCACGAGCUUUCAAGACGACAGGGUGAGAGAUGGUUUCGAUCCCACCGCCUCGAUCUACCGCAGGAUCACCAGUAUGAAGAUCGUCUUGGACAUUCUCGACCCGACCUGCGUGCAGUCCACCAAGCUGAUCAACAGGAUCACUCACACGGCAAUGGCCAACUACUACGAUCAGAACAUGACCAACAACCAGAACAGCAACGACAUCAUCAACCUGGUCAUCAAGGACCUGCUCACCAAGUUGAACAAAGAUCCCAAGAGCGAGUUCUAUGCCCUCAUGAAGCACAUGACUUCUGGAGUCGGCACCUUCCCUGGUUUUAUCGCCGAGAUGCAAGAGGCCACACGUGCAGUAAUGUACCAGGUGUAUGAUGAAACCGCGUCUUGGACGGAGAGGGUCGACGCCUAUGCCGAGCGAAUUGGUGCAUCCAUCAUCAACAAGCUCAAGACCAAGCUGGCGGCCAACCUGAUUGACAAGUCCUCAAAGAUAUUCUUCAGCUCGCUCUUGCGAGUGUGCCAGGCUGCCGCAGUGACCUAUGGCUUCCUCAACAAAGACAACCUCAAGGAUGGCGAGAAGCUCGAACUGAUUGGAGAGACGUCCGGCCUGUUCCUUGACACGGUCACAAUGUUCAAGACUGGCAACAAGUUGGUGACAUCGAUGUUUGCUCGAACUGGCAUAUUUGUUGGCUCAAAGCUUGCUCCUCUGGUCCCUACUGUGGUUGCUAAGAUUGUGCCAAAGUGCUUGUCAGUGAUCUUCACCGCCAACGCCGCAAAGUUCAUGCUGAAUCGCUUUUCUCCAGUGUUGUUGCUGGUGGCCUCCUAUAACCUCGUCGUGGAUGCCAUCGAGGACGUCAAACAGGGCAAUGUUGGAGCACUCUUGCUCGAUUUGACAGCACUAGGUGUCACGCUGGCUGCUGCCGUGGCACUGUUCGUGGGCACCAGUUGGAGUGGACCAUUCGCACUUGUUGCCAGUGGACUGGUUGUUGUCUUUGCAUUGAUGAAGUUCCUAUUCUUCACGUCAUCUCCACAGGAACAGUUCUUCAGAUCAUAUGUUAACUCAAAGUACAAGAAAGCUAUGCCAAUCAUUGGUGGAAUGGGUGGCUAA